AUGAGAAGCUCUGUGUUUUGUCUGCGAACGCAUACGCAGCUGUUAUGGAGGGCACGGUCUUUGGCUUCUUGCGUGGGUGAUAAGGUGCGGGUAUUUCCCAGCGAUUUCAUUUGGCCACUUUUUUUAUUGACUGGGAACUACGUCCACGUGGGUGUGAUUGCCUACCGUACUUUUAUCCACUUCCGUUUGCGCCAGGCGCUACGCAUUACCAUCGGUGUGCCUGUGAGCGCCAUCAUGCUCUAUAUGGUUUAUGCCUCUUGGGCCUGGUACCCGGAGCCUGUCGCCGCAAUAGACACAAGCUCGGUUGCAGGAUGCCGGCCCGUGUUUUCUUCCACCGCUGAACUUUUGGACUUCGCUGGCACAUGCUCUCGCCGUUACCACCGACUCUCUGAGAAGGGAGAGGAUAUGAAUUCUGCCUGCAGGAAUGAGUUGCUGGGUGACAUGCUCGCCAUCUUGCGUUCUAUCGCGGCUAUUGAGGGGAGUUUUGAGGAAAGGGAGCUAGUGACGGCCUCUUUGACCGUCAUGGAUCCAUCACGUGGGGUGGAGCAGGAGGCGUCACCCGCGGAGGUGAUUUUGCGCACCGUACUGUUUGUGUCACUGGAUCAAGGGUGGUUUGAUAUUGUGGAAGAAGCGCGUAAAAUGUAUGGAAAUCUUGUGCGAGAGCGCCCUGUGCCGCCGCAGGCAAACGUUACGAGUGCCGUGGCGGAUUUAUGCGCACUCUCGUACGAAUUGGAGCGUUGCACGAGUCCGGCGGAGGUGACAAUGCCGCAGCGCCAACGUGUGGCACGGGCCAUUGACGCGUUUCGUCCAGGGAAAUCGGUGAGGGAGCGCUGCACCAUUGCAGCGGAGAUCGACGUUCUCCCUCUUGUGGAUCUUGACAAGACGACUCGCUGCCUCAUGCUGACACGUCAUAGUCCUGGGCGGCGACCGCAGUUAAUCAUCACGUUUGUCGGUACAAAUAGCGUGCGGAAUUGGUGGACGAACCUUUGGUGUACCAUGCGGGAGCUUCCCCCGGUGUUUGGCGUACAGGCGUAUGUUCACAGGGGUUUUUUGGAGCUACUAGAGUCGAUUGCGUUUGAGGAGGUUGCAAAGGACUUUGAUCAAAUUAUCCUUAUAGGCCACAGCAUGGGUGGGGCUCUUGCGCAACUCGCCGGUCUCUACUUGGCGAACGAGAGGCCUGAGAGGCGAGUCACGGUCUUGACUGUGGCCUCGCCUCGUGUCUUUGCCUCCCGUCAAUGGUUUUGGCAAAGAAUUGCUGGUUGGGUUUUCAUUCUCAACGGGAAGGGGAAUGAUGCGGCAAUUGCACUUCCCAGCAACUGCCGUCAUAUACGUACCUUCAUGUGUGCGGAUGUGGUUCCGCGGCUACCUCCCGCCUUUCUUGGAUACCAGCAUUUGGGCACACCGCUGCCGCUGCACACGGGAUGCCCCACGCGCAUGUCUUAUUUGGGUUGGGGGCUGUGGUCCUGCUUGUUUCACACUGCAGAUAUGUACAAGGCGGUGCUGGAGCGACCUGCCGUGGCACAGCUUCACAGAUACGAAGCUAUGUCUACAUCUUGUGCGCGCUGA